CGCGUUCAACUUAAAGCAAAUUGCCGCGUGUCAGAACAUAUUGUCAGUCUAAGUUUAUCUCCACCUUCACCUUCUAUAAAUAUAAAACCCUGUCAGUCUCCUUUCUAUAACCCCCUUCUCAAAUUUCUAAAGCUAUUGAAGAAGAAUGGCAAGUUCCUCCAUUAUUUUUCUCUUGCUUUCGCUUCUAUGCAUUGUUUGCGAGGCCAGAUCUCCAACUGCUGCAAGAUCAGGUGCCUCAAAUUUCAUCAAGGCUUCAUGUAGUGCCACCAAAUAUCCAUCACUUUGCAUCCAAUCUCUCGCAGCUUUUGCCCCUUCAAUCCAGCGGAGCCCACGCCAACUGGCUCAGACUGCCCUUUCGGUGAGCCUAGAGAGGGCUAAGUCCACCCAGGCAUUCGUCUCCAAAAUGAAGAAAUUCAGGGGACUUAAGAGGAGGCAAUAUGAAGCAAUUAAAGAUUGCAUUGAGGAGAUGAGUGAGAGCGUGGACAGGCUGAGCAAAUCAGUACAAGAGCUCAAGUACAUGGGUCAAGCCAAGGGUCAGGAUUUCUUGUGGCACGUUAGCAAUGUGGAGACCUGGGUUAGUGCUGCACUAACCGAUGAGAACACUUGUGUUGAUGGGUUCGCAGGAAGGGCUUUGGAUGGUAAGAUUAAGGCCUCCAUCGGAGCUCGAGUCAUUAAUGUCGCUCAAGUCACCAGCAAUGCUUUGUCAUUGGUUAACCAGUUUGCCUCCAAGCAGUGAUCAACCUAGCCGCUAGUUGCUCUUGCAGUAAAGUUGGAAAAAAAAAAAAGUGGUCCAGUUGUAGUCAUGGUUUACUUUAGAGGGCUAGCUUUUGGUCAGUUUUGUCAUGUGGUUUGGUCUUGAAUCCCUUUUUUAAGUGUAAGAAUAUGAAUAUGAAUGAAAGUUUUUAUUGGCAACAA